CAGUCGCCUGGGGGAGGCUGGCGGGCAGCCCGCGGUGAUGCGGUGAGACGGCGCCCCUGGAAGCCAGAACCCACUGACUUCACAAAAGGCCUCCGCCCGCCCACCCUCGCCCGCGGGCCCAGAGGACCCGCCUCUGCUGCGCCCGGCCAUCCGCCCGCCAGGCCCCGGCAGCUCGAGGCAGAAACCUCCCUGCUGCCCCCGCGCAGCGGAGUUCCGGGCGCCGCCGCCAGGCGCUGUGGAUUUCCCCUCGCGCCUCCGCGGCCGGCCUGCAGCUCGGCUGGAGGUAUAGCUCGCGGGAGCUAGAACACGGCGGUCCAUUGGCUCCGCUCUGCCCAUUGGCAGUUGCUUCCAAGCGCUCUUGGGAUUGGCUGAAGCUCCGGUCGCGGUGACCAAUCAGUGGCGUCCACACAUCCAAAAACUGAACUGAGAGCAGGAAGGGCGCCGGAGUGCUGCUGUCCCCGGAGCCCACUGCAGCGGAGACUGAGCGCAGGCCAUGUCUGGGGAUGCAACCAGGACCCUGAGGAAAGGAAGCUGUCCCCCAGGGCCGGUCCCCGAGGGAUUCAUCCGCCUCUAUAGCAUGAGGUUCUGCCCCUACUCACACAGGACUCGUCUGGUCCUCAAGGCCAAAGGCAUCAGACACGAGAUUAUCAACAUUAACCUUCGAAGCAAGCCCGACUGGUACUAUACAAAACACCCUUUUGGCCAAAUUCCUGUCCUGGAGAACAGCCAAUCUCAACUGAUCUACGAGUCCGUCAUCACUUGUGAGUACCUGGACGACACGUACCCGGGAAGGAAGCUGUUUCCAGGUGACACUUAUGAACGGGCACGCCAGAAGAUGCUAUUGGAGCUGUUUUGUAAGGUCCCGACUUUGACCAAGGAGUGUCUGGUGGCGCUGAGAUGCGGGAGAGAAAGUGCUGAUCUGAAGGCCGCGCUGUGGCAGGAGUUCAGCAACCUCGAAGAGAUUCUUGUAUAUCAGAACACCACCUUCUUCGGUGGAGACCGCAUAACCAUGAUCGAUUACCUCUUCUGGCCCUGGUUUGAGCGGCUGGAUGUGUAUGGGAUCGCUGACUGUGUGGACCACACCCCGAAGCUGCGCUUCUGGAUAGCAUCCAUGAAGCGGGACCCCACCGUCUGUGCUCUGCUCAUAGAUAAGCAAAUAUUCCUGGGCUUCUUGAACCUCUACUUCCAGAACAACCCCAAUGCCUUUGACUUUGGGCUGAUCUCCUGAGUCUCGCGGGCGCUACUUGACUGUCCAGGAUUCCUGGCAUGUUAUGAGUCUCUCUGCUUCAGGGACUGUCUUGGGGUCAGUUCAUCUCUGUUUUUUUUUUGAGAUUCUUAAUAAAAUAACAGAAAAUGG